UGGAGUCUGGCUCUGUCACCCAGGCUGGAGUGCAGUGGCGUGAUCUCAGCUCACUGCAACCUCUGCCUCCUGGGUUCAAGCAAUUCUCCUGCCUCAGCCCCUAAGUAGCUGGGAUUACAGGUGUCCGCCACCACGCCUGGCUAGUUUUUGUAUUUUAGUAGAGACGGAGUUUCACCAUGUUGGCCAGGCUGGUCUUCAACUCCUGACCCAGGUGAUCUCCCUGCUUCAGCCUCCCAAAGUGCUGGAAUUACAGGCAUGAGCCACCGCGCCCUGCCUUACAGUCUAUUCUUAUGGUUUACUAAAUUAGGAAUGCCACUCUUACAGAACAAAUCAAUGCAAGUGAUGUGACUACCCAAAAAUCAUGAAUCAUAAUAGUCUUCAGUUAGAUAUGUUGCAAUCUCAGAUAUGGUUCUGCUAUGUAAACAGGGUCGAAUUCCAAUUCUUUAUCAAAAAGUGCUGGCGAAGGUUGCCUGAUGUGUUCCAAUGCAGAUUCUCAAUCCAAUGGCCAGCAGAUGAGAGAGCAGCAGAGAUGGAAGAAAAGUCUUAAGAAAUUCUGCUGAGAAUAUGCCCCCUUUCUUCAUAACACUGUGUUUCUCAUGUUGAGAGCGGCUGUGCAUUUUGGGUGUUUAGAGAGAAACUUUCUCAGGGGAAUAUUUUCUGGUUGACUUGGCUAAUAUUAUAUGUAAUCUGAAUUUUUCUUUCAGAUGCUUUUAACCUCUUAAUACAAUUUUAUUCAGACUGAGAGCUGUUUUUCUCUUCAAUGCUUUCGGUGUCUGUCUUCAGAAGGGACACCCAAAAGUGUCUCAUGGUGUUUCUGAGUGAGCUGGGCUGUCACAAUGAGAACUCCUUGGCACUCUAUCAAGACCCAUGCUGGGAAUCCAGCAGUAUUUUUUUGUCACCAUUAUAAAUAAAAACGUAGGCUGAAACAUUGCUCCCAUUUCCAUUAUUGCAAAAGUGCAAUCCUACCCAGGAGUCCUGCAGGUUCUCAUCCUGCAGUUCAGGGACCCUGCUCCUUAAUGUGACACUGGACUGCACUGUGGCAGUUGGAGUCCACGUGGAAUGUGGGCUGCCAGCUGUGUGCUGUGAGCUGUGCCUCGGUGGUAGAUGGUAGGGGAAGAGACGGGACACAGGCCACCAGGACAGGGCAAGCAGGAUUGCUGCAGCCCGUGGCCUAGGGAGUAGGGACCCUUUGCUUUGAAAUGUAAAUAGCCAAAAGAAUAGUAUCCUAUCUCACAGUGUCUGUAAAAGAACUAGAGCCUACCUUCAGCAGGCACUUGGCUGUAAGUUGCAAAACUACCUCCUUCAUGAAGAUGUCAGAAGUUUAUUUUUCCUUUGAAUAUAACCAAUUAACAUACACAGAUGGCCUCCCCCAUUACCAGGCGAAUUUAGGAUAAACUGUGCAUGACAAAUGGUGCUGUCAAAUCUUCUAAUUGAGGACUAAUUAUAGAGAUCUUUCUGUCUUUGCAAUCUCUUGAGCAGAUUGUCUGUAAUUCAUGUCACAUCACAUUCUGGUUUUAUUGUGCAAUAAAACACUUUUCUUUCUGUUCUGUUAUUGUGGGGUUUUUCUAGGAUUGGAGACAAUUUUCCUUUUAAUUAUAUUUCUCACUGUCCACAAUUACCAAACAUUGUAUAUACGUAUAAGGUGCCCACCAAGCUUCACUUUAGAGAAGGCUUUCCCCCUCAGGCUUCCAGUCAACCCAGUCAGUUGUGCUUCAGAGUGCACACUGCCCCCAGAGUAUGCAGGCAGAAUUGUGUCUCUGCCUAUUUCACAUCUAUAGUCCUCUACAACCACUUGUAGAGAGGUUAAGCCUUUCUACAAGUGGUUGAAAAAAUUCACAGGACAGUAAUCAGCCAUUUCACCUCUUUCAGUGACCAUAGUGUCUUCAGACCUGAAACUGAGUUGGAGACUAUUAGGCCCAGAAGAACAAUUAGGGUGACAUGUGUGCAUUGAGUAAAUCUGUGUUCUCAUUUCACCCAAGACCUUUGGCUAGAUCAGAACAUAAAAAAUUCAUUUCAAAAAGUGAUGCUCAGAAGAUAUGGGAAAUGUAGACAUGAGAAUUUACAAAUAAGAAAACCCUGUAAAAGUUUGAAUGCAUCUAAGGUGCAGGAAGGAGGUUAUAAUGGACUUAACCAAUGUUUGUCGAUUACUCAGAGCACAAUACUUCAAUGUAAUACAUGUGUGAAAGUCUUUAGGAAAUUUUCAAAUUCAAAUAGACUUAGGAGAAGACAUACUGGAAAGAAACCUUUCAAGUGUAAAGAAUGUGGCCAGUUCUUUCACAGGUUCUCACACCUAAGACAACAUGAGAUAAUUCAUACUGAAGAGAAACCCUACCAAAGUGAAGAAUGUGGCAAAGAUUUUAAGCAGUCUUCAGGUCUUACUAUACAUGAGAGAAUUCAUACUAAAGAGAGACCCUACAAGAGUGAAGAAUGUGACAAAACCUUUAAACAAUCUUCAAAACUGAAUAAACAUAAGAAAAUUUAUCCUGGAGAUACAACCUACAAAUGUGAAGAAUGUGGCAAAGUCUUUUCCUUUUCCUCAACCCUUACUCAACAUAACAUAGUUCAUACUGAAGACAAACCCUACAAAUGUGAAGAAUGUGGCAAAGCCUUUAAACAAUCCUCAAAACUGAAUGAACUUAAGAGAAAUCAUACUGGAGAGAAACCCUACAAAUGUGAAGCAUGUAGCAAAGCUUUUUAAGCAGUCUUCAGGCCUUACUAUACAUAAGAGAAUUCAUACUGGAGAGGAAUCCAGAAAUGUGAAGAAUGUUGCAAAGCCUUUUACUGGUCCUUAAGCUUUACUAAACAUAAGAGAGUUCAUACUGGAGAGAUACCCUACAAAUGUCAAGAAUGUGGCAAAACUUAUUCUUGUUCCUCAAGUUUACUCAACAUAAGAGAGGUCAUACUGAAGGGAAAUCCCACAAAUGUAAAGAACGUGGGAAAGCCUUUAACCAGUCCUUUAGCCUUACUAAACUUAUGAGAAUUCAUACUGGAAAAAACUCAUACAAGUCAGAAGACUGUGGCAAAAUCUUUUAAGUAUUGCUCAAAUAUAUCCAGCCAUAAUUCAUACUAAAGAUUAUGCCUAUGAACCUAAAAAAAGUUUGGCAAAGCUUAUGAAUACACCUCAAACUUUCCUAGGCAUUGGAGAAAUAUCAGUGAGAAACCUCAGAAAACUGAACAAUGUGGCAAGGCCUUUAAAUGGUUGUCACAUCUUACUGUAGGUAAAAUAAUUGAUAGUGGAGAAAAUCUCUACAAAUAAAGAAUGUGUCAAAACUUCUAACAUGCUCAUACCUUAUGGCACAUAAAAGUGUUUAUACUUGAAAAAUUAUAAAAGCCAUUUCUAUCUGCUCACAUCAUAGUCAACAUCAGGAAGUUCAUACUUAAUAAAAUUAUUAUAAAUGUAAUUACUGUUGAAAGACCUUGGAAAAUAUAAACUCUUAAAAUAAAAAAGAGUAUUCUGGAGACAAACAUUACAAAUAUAAAGAGGGUUGUAAUACCUUUACUUGCCCUGUAUAAUGUACAGAUUUUAUGCUAGAAGAAAAGUCUAAAGGAAUUACUCAAACUUGUUCAGCAUCAGAGAAUUUAUGUUGAAGGAAACCAUACAAAUGUAAUAAAUGUGGAAAAACAUUUGUUCAGAAACUACAGCUUACAAAACACCAUGCAGUUUAUAAUGAAAAUAUUUUUGCAGAUGGAAUACAUGUGUAAAAAUAUUUAGUAAAAAUUAAGUCUUUGUAAACUUUAGAAAAUUCACAGUAGGAAGAACUAAGGCAUUGGCGCUUAAGACAUUACACUAAAUCAGAAUGUUCUGUAUAGAAAGUAAUCCAAAGCUAAAACUUUUGGAUAAUUUAUUUGUAUAUAAGUUUAAGAGGAGUGGAAGAUUAUUUUUUGGUGAGUUAUAAUUACAUUCAAGGUAUACGUUUUUCCUUGAAAAAAAAAAAUGUAGAUUUUUUGAAAAGCAAAUAGUGAGGUAAUUCAACUGUAAAAUUGCUUCAUGCUGUUCCUUUUUUCUUGUUGUUUGUGUAAAAGCAUGUCAUCAAUUUCUGUUGCAUCAGAAAUCUGAGAGAUUCCUUUCUUAUUAGGUAGGCAUCAUUCAGUAACUUUUCCAUGGAAGAGUAAGGAUAUUAAAAUGUAAGUGCAUAUUGAAAAUCUAAUUGGAGAGGCUCUUUAUGGCUGACUUUUAACAUUGUUCAUGUGAUGCAUGAGUUAUGUGUUUAGAGUAAUAUUCUGCAUUAUAGUGAGAGGAAAACUUUGAGUUUUAGUAGUAAAUUGACCAAUUGUACUUUUAUGUAAUAAAAUGUAGGGAAUUUUAAAAUUCUUUUAUAAGACUGUGAUAACUUAGCUUUUAAAUUAAACGAAAUAGUUUUAAACUUUUUAAGACGUGCAUUUAGUAAAGUGUUAUGUCACCAACUUUAACGUAUCCCACCUUAUUCAAGAUGUAGAUAAAAGAUGGUAACAUAGUAGAAUGACCUCUCUAGCAAUCUCUUUUGCCUGUGGCAUUAAACUGAAAAGUUUGAGUAUUGUUUCAAUGGGUAAAAUGUACAUUUGUUUAACGUUUUAAAUUUUUGUAGGAACAUAGUAUUGUUUACCUAUUUAUGGCAUAUAUAGAAUAUUUUCAUACAGGCAUACAACUUGUAAUCACAUCAGAGUAAAUGAGGUAUUCAUUACGUAGUGCAUUUUUUUUUGUAUUACAGACAAUCCAAUUAAACAUUUUUAGUUAUUUAAAAAUGUACAAGUAAAUUAUUACUUGCUACAGAGGUUUUUUAUGGUCACAAUAAUAAUUACAUAGUAGUAUAAUAAGAAACCUCACAUUUCUAAGUCCUGAAUGAAUAUUUUUAAAAAUUUGUCAUAUAUAUUUUGAACAAGUGGCCUCUCUGCCUGUAAACUCAUACAGACUGUUAGUUUUUACUUAUAUUACUCUUAAGAUAAACAUUAGGUGUAAGAAAAUUGUGGGGCAAGUGUGUGAGUGUGAGUGUACCUAUUUUCAGAAGACAAGCAAUAUUGGAACAAAAUAUCACUUUAAUAAAGUGGACAAAUCAUUUACUAGAAAACCAGAAACCUCAGUGAUUUUGAAUAAUGUCUGUAUUCUCUGCAUUUUAUUUAAUUAAUUACUGUGAAGUCUUAUGGACUGCGUUUCCGAAUCUUUCCAUGCAAAUUCUUUCUUUCAUGUGCCUGGUACUCAUGGUAGACUGAUAUUUUUUUCAUAUUUUUUGUGUUUAUGAUUUAUUAAGUAUUCAUUAUGUAAGUUGCUCAGGUAUUCUAAGAAUUUUCAUAAAAUUUAGUAAUGCACACAAAAUAAUUUUUCAAUGUUAUUUCACAAUGAGUGUAUUAACUUAUAUUUCUUUUGUUGCUUUCUUUUUUCUUUUUUUUUUUUUUGAGAUGGUGUCUUGCUCUGUUGCCCAGGCUAGAGUGCAGUGGUGGGAUCUCAUCUCACUACAACCUCCGCCUGCUGGGCUCAAGCAAUUCUCUUGCCUCAGCCUCCUAUGUAGCUGGGACUACAGGCAUGUGCCACCAUGCCCAGCUAAUGUUUUUGUAUUUUCAGUAGAGACUGUGUUUCACUAUACUGGCCAGAGUGGCUUCGAACUCCUGACCUCGUGGUUCACCCACCUUGGCCUCCCAAGGUGCUGGGAUUACAGGCAUGAGCCACUGCAUCCGACCAGCUUAUAUUUCAUUUAGUUAGAACAUCCCAUUUUGUUAUUUUAAUUGGAGAAACCUGUCUAAGCUAAGUUUCCUUAUUGUUCCUUUUACCCUUUAUAAUUGACAUAGGUGAAUUUAUUCAUUCAGCCAAUUUGUUUAGGUAAAUACUGGGGAGGCUUCAUAAGUCAUAAAGAUAUUUUGAUAUGUAAAUGUAGCAAACACAAUGCUUGCUGUGUAAUAGAUGCACCAUUAUUGGCCAUAAAUAUUUCUGCUGGAGUUAGUUUGUAGCUCCAAGUAAAGAAAUAUGCAUAGUGAAGAAAUAAAAUCGAUUCUGUAUAUGGA